AUGAAUAAACAAUCGCAAACCGCACAACCCACAUCACCACCACCGCCACCACCCAAUUCCUCCUCCCAAAAACCCAAACGACCAAUCUACAUCCGCCUCCCCAUCGCCCUCGCUCUCACCCUCCUCACACUCACCAGCGGCUUCGUAAUCGCCGGUUUCCCCGCCAUGGCCUCCCUCCAAGACCUCGCGAACCCGCCCACCGACGCCGAAACGCUCGAACUCUUCACCCCCUCCACAGAAGCCAUUGCCGAGAUAGAACGAAGCAUAUUCGAGCAUCCCCUCACAAAGUCGUUAUUGGCGGACCCCAAAUACAUUGCCUCAAGGCCGCACCUCAAGAUACCAGAGGGACUUCGGGCACAGAACCUGACAGGAGGCACACUCCUCGGCCCCGACAAAAUCGCCGUUCCACCCAUCCAAUUCAGCACAGCCGACGGCUCUGAAUUCGUAUCACUGCAAUAUCUGGGAGAAGCGCUGUGCGGCCACCCCGGUAUCGUCCACGGCGGCCUGCUAGCCACACUCCUCGACGAAGGACUAGCACGAUGCUGCUUCCCCGCGCUGCCGAAUAAAGUGGGUGUGACGGCGAGUUUGAAGAUCGAUUACAAGGCGCCGUGUAUGGCGGGGCAGAUUGUUGUGUUAAGGGCUGAGACAACGAAGGUUGAGGGCAGGAAGGCGUGGGUUAAGGGACGGUUGAUGACGCUGGGGAGUGAGGAGAAGGAGGGUGUUGUGCUUACGGAGGCGGAGGCGCUGUUUAUUGAGCCGAGACAGGCGGCGCAGAUGAAGAGGGUUGUUAAUUAG